GAGGUGAACCAUGUUCUUAUUGCUGUAUUCCAAGGAAUGAACGUUGCUGAAAACAGCCCUGAAGUCCGUCUUGCUGCAACAAGGGCUCUAUGUAAUGCCCUGGAGUUUGCACAGACCAACUUUAAAAAUGAGAUGGAACGGAAUUACAUCAUGAAGAUGGUCUGUGAGACGGCCUUGUCUAAGGAGGUAGAUAUUAGGCAGGCUGCUUUUGAGUGUCUUGCUUCAAUUGCUUCAAGGUACUAUGUGGUGCUUGAGCCUUAUAUGCAGGCUCUCUUUGAGCUUACGUCAAAUGCUGUAAAGGGGGAUGAAGAGGCCGUUGCCCUCCAAGCAAUUGCAUUUUGGAGCUCCAUUUGUGAUGAAGAAAUAGAGCUUCAAGAAUUUGGGAGUGGUGAGAGUGGGGACUCUGUGCCACAUUCACGUUUUAUAGAAAAAGCUCUGACGUCUCUAGUUCCAAUGCUGCUGGAAACUUUGCUGAAACAGGAAGAAAAUCUAGACCAAAAUCACAACAUUUGGAAUAUUGCGAUGGCUGGCAGGACAUGCCUAAAACUUGUUGCCAGGACUGUUGGGGAUGCCAUUCUACCCCUUGUGAUGCCAUUUGUGGAGGCUAACAUAGCGAAGCCAGAUUGGCACUGUCGCGAGGCAGCCGCAUUCGCAUUUGGCUCAAUCAUUGAAGGCCCAACCACUGAGCAGCUAUCUGGUCUGGUCCAUGCAGGUUUAGAUUUCCUGCUAACAUUAAUGAAGGAUGAAAACAACCAUGUCAAAGACACUACUGCUUGGACUCUCAGUUGUAUAUUUGAGCUUUUGCACCAUCCUGCUCGGGGAUUUUCUGUGAUUUCUGCUGAUAACCUUCCAGGGGUGGUGAGAGUAUUGUUGGAAGGCACAACGGAUGCUCCAAAUGUUGCAGAGAAGGUCUGUUGCGCCAUUUCUCACCUUUGCCAAGGGUAUGAGGAAGCAGGAACCUCUUCCUCUCUCUUUACUCCAUAUGUCCCAGCCAUCAUUGAAUGUCUUCUUUCCACUGCUAGUCGUCCAGAUGGGAAUGAUUCUAGAUUGAGGUCUAUUGCAUGUAAAUCAGUGAAUGCGGUCGUAAGGUAUUCCAAUAUUGUAGAAACAUCACAAAUUAUAGUUCAGCUACUCCCUGUGAUCAUGAAUAAAUGUUCCGACCAUGGCCGGUGCUUUCCUCAGGGCUAA